CACUUUUUUCCAUACCGUUAGAUGGCGUUCUUGCCUACCGAGUUACCUCUCAUAUAUCAUAUCUCGAAGACUGUUCUAGAUUCUUCCACUGCCUUUUCUCUCUCUCGGAACACGGAAUUCAUGGCGAUACGUAACGACGUGAUAUAAUACCUUUGUAUCUGAAGAGUCAUAUAAUAAAUCCUUCUUUUUACUAGCACAAUAUCGUCGUAUCUGAAGAUCCGCAUUAAUUACAACUCUUGCUAUAUUGACCAUCCUCAAAAUAACCGACACAAUAAUUUUGGCAACGAGGUGAAACAUUUUUCGACAUCAUAUUGCACACAUAAAGUAGAGCCAAGAAACGGUCUAAGAUGGAUGCAACUCAAUUCCAACGCAUUAUCGAACUGAUAAAUUACAACCAGCAGCAAUUGCUCAAUCAGGUGGCCUCAUCUCGACAACAACCGGCAAUCAAUGCGACACUUCUACCAUCAUUUGAAAAUUUCGACCCCAAGAAAGAAAGCUUCAGGUACUAUCGUCAGCGAUUUGAAAAUUAUUUACAAAUGAAAGGUAUAGCUACAGACAAGACAUAUUUUUACGUGCUCAAUUCAUUAGAAGCCCUCGUACUAGAAGCUUCCAAAAUUGACAGUCGCGAACUUUCAAAGAAUCAACCGUCUCUGAAUACAGCUAAUCACACUGAAGAUGUUAAAAAAGUAACAAGGCAGCGGAAGUCCAGACGUGAUAAUUCGACAUCAAACCAUAAAUUCAGCGCAAAAAGCCCUGGUAGAUACAAAAAUAAUAAGACCAGAUCUAAAUCAAAAAUUGAUUACAGACAAUUGGGAAUCGAAGGUCUAUGCUUACGUUGCGGUAACAGUAAUCAUAUUGCAAAGGAUUGCCGGACAAACAAAUCAACUCUUAAAUGUACCGCAUGUGAUAAAACGGGUCAUCUUUCUAAGGUUUGUAUACGAUCACUUCUGAACAAUAAUGAAGCUAAUACAUCUAACACAAAAUCAACUAAUUGUAUACGGGAGGAAAUAUCAGCUUAUGGAGUCAAUCAUAUUAUUGAUAUAUACGAAAAUCAAGGCUCAGAACGCGAUAAGUCCAAGAAGUAUUUUACUACAGUUGUUAUUGAAGGACAACCUCAAACAUUCGAAGUCGAUUCUGGUGCAGGAGUUACAUUGCUUCCACGGAAGGAAUUUAAAAAAUUGAAUCUAAGCAACAAACCACGUACAUCAACUAUUGCAUUUCGAUCAUAUUCAAAUAAUGUAUUUCUUCCAGAUGGAGAAAUUAAAGUUGAAGUUUGUUAUAAAGAUAAAGUAUCUUUUGAAAAGAUGUACAUUGUUCCAGAUAAUAUGUCGCCACUCUUAGGAAGAAGUUGGAUUCGUAAUCUAAACAUAAAUCUCCAGGAAAUUGAUAAAGAAUUGGGAGCCAACACUAUUGAUCCUCAAAUUCCAGCAAUCAAUAAUAUUGAAAACAUUAUUAACCACUUUCCAGAUAUUUUUGAAGAAAAAAUAGGAUGCGUGCCAGAAUUUUUAAUUUCACUUCAAUUACGAGAAGGCGCAAAACCCAUCUUCCAUAAGGGAAGAGAAAUACCUUACGCACUGCGAGAAAAAGUUGAAAAGGAACUUGACGACCUUGAAGCGGCAGGCAUUAUCUCUAAAGUGACCUUAAGUGACUGGGGAUCGCCAUUAGUUGUUAUUCCUAAAACCGAUGGGGGUGUCCGCUUAUGCGUGGAUUACAAAAUGGGAGUCAAUCAGAGGCUAAUUUCAGCUAACUACCCAAUUCAACGAAUCGAUGAAAUAUUAAAUAGUUUACGGGAUUCACGAUUCUUUUGCCGUCUUGAUUUAUUUAAAGCAUACUUACAUUUGAAGGUCGAUAAAGAAAGCAGUGAAAUACAAACUAUCUCAACACACCGAGGUACGUACCGAAUGAACAGGCUCUCAUUCGGUAUUAAAACAGCUCCAUCGGAAUUCAAUCGCAUCAUAGAUCAAAUUUUGUCUGGCCUCAAUAAAACGCUAUCGUAUUUCGAUGAUAUAAUCGUUCAUGGAUCUACUAAGGAAGAGUGUCAGGAAAAUCUAUAUGCUUGUUUACAGCGUCUAAAGAAAUAUGACUUACAUCUUAACCGACGUAAAUGUUCAUUCUUCCAAGAAGAAAUCGAAUAUCUUGGACAUACUAUUGGAUUCAACAAAAUCUCGAAAUCUCCCAAGAAAGUUGAAGCCAUUGUCAACAUGACUAGACCAUCCACUGCUGACGAUGUACGCCGUUUUCUAGGUAUGGUAACAUACUACUCAAGAUUCAUUCCGGAUGCGUCAACAAUUACUUACCCAUUGAGGAAAUUACUCGUUAAAGACUCAACAUUCAAAUGGACCAAGGCUUGUGAAGGUGCAUUUUUGAAACUCAAAAAUGAAAUUUCAAGUGAUCGAAUUUUAACGCCUUAUAAUCCAAAAUCUACAUUAGUUGUUACAUGUGAUGCCAGCCCUACAGGCAUUGCAGGAAUCCUAUCGCACGUCCUUAACGGUAUCGAAAAACCCAUUGCUUUUGCAUCCAGAUCGUUAACGCCAGCAGAAAGGAAUUACAGUCAACUUGACCGUGAGGCUCUUGUAAUUGUAUUUGCAAUCAAUCACUUCUUUAUGUACGUAUUCGGACGCAAAUUUAAACUGAUAACGGAUAAUCGACCUCUCACUAGAAUAUUCCACCAAAAUAAUAAAUUGCCAGCGAUGACUUCAGCCCGUUUACUUCGAUAUGCAUCGUUUUUAUCAGGAUUUGAUUAUGAAGUUGAACAUAAGAAAGGAAAUGAAAACAUUAAUGCAGACUGUUUAUCCAGAGCUCCAAUACAUCAAAGGUAUUAUUCGACUGAUAUUGCCAUCAAUGAAGAAGUUCAUCAACUUUGUUAUUCGACCAUCUUCGAAAUUUCAACUGAAGAACUUACUACUGAAAAAAUUAUUCAAGAAACUGAUAAGGAUGAAGUCCUUUCGAAAAUCAAACAGGCCUUACGUAAUGGUGAAGCUGACAACAUCGAAUACACACUUGAAGCCGGAAUAAUAUUCAAGGGUCAACGCGCAGUCAUUCCAAAAGGACUACAAUCAAAAAUUCUCGAAGAAUUACACAAAACACACGUUGACAUUACAAAAAUGAAACAACUGGCACGUCGCUACUAUAUCUGGAAGGGAAUAGACCGAGACAUCGAAAACACAGUAAGAUCCCGUCAAAAAUGGGCUGAAAUACGAAUCAUCAAAGAAGCACCGACAUCAGAAAAGACUAUAGAUCUAUUAAAAGAUAUUUUUUCGACUCAUGGUUUUCCUAAAGUGAUGGUAUCCGACAACGCAACAAUUUUUGUUAGUAAAACAUUUAAACACUUCUGCCAUAGAAGCGGCAUUUUCCAAAAAUUGAUAGCUCCAGGUCAUCCUGCUACGAAUGGUCUUGCGGAAAGAAAUGUGCAAACACUGAAACAACGUUUGAAGUCGAUGCAAGAGGAAUCUCUUACACUAACCCAAAAGGUUCGAGAAAUUUUAUUCAAAUAUAGAGCUACACCACUUGCAUGUGGAAAAUCUCCGGCGGAACUUUAUCUCCAGCGCAACUUCCGCAUUAAAUUGGAUAUCCUCAAGCAAAUGAAGAAUAUUGUCAACUACAAAAGAAUUCCAGGCACCCGCAAUAUACCGCUGGGAGGAAGAGUACAGGCACGUUACUUUACAAACCAAAAACCUGUAUGGAAAUUUGGAACAGUUAUUAGGAAGUUUGGUCAACUCCACUAUCUCAUCAAACUCGACAGUGGUUUGACCGACAUAGCUAGCCUCACAAUUCUCGCAUGA